AAUUUCGACGGGUAAUACACUAGUGUAGUAUUACCGGAUUAAAUAAAGAUAUGAGUUGAGCCCUCUUCAGCCGCUCUUGUCUUCUACCAAAUUACCCUUCCCGUUUCUGCAAUUAGGGUUUGGUUCUUGAGUUGCAGCGCUAAAACUUGAUCGAAAAUUCACGAUGAAGAAAGGUGGAGGAGUUUCCGAGCGAUACGGAGACAAAGAGACGGAAAUAGGCGGCGUCACGAACAAGAAGAAGAUGAAGAAGAAUAUGCAGAGACUCGGAGGGCGAGGUGGCCUGUCUCUCGCAUCAUUCGCGAAUGCUAAGGCUAGGAAUGACAAUUACAAUCCUUCGGUUAUCAAAAAGCAAAGAGAAUUCUAUAAAAAUGCUAAGUAUGUUAAGAAAUAUAAGAAGACGAUAAACCAACAAGAGCACCGGAGCACUCCUUCCACUACCCAAGGACUGUUAGAGGGUGAAAAUGUGGCAAACGAGGUUAAUCGUGCUAGGCAGAAGAAGACGAUGUACAAGAAGAAUGCAAGGAACCUCCAAGAGUUGUACGAGAAGAAGCACGAGGAGCAGGAGAAGGCUAGGAUAGAGAGGGAAGCGAUGAUUGAGGCAAAGAAGGAAGAGAGAGAGGCAUCAGAAGCUCGAAGGAGGGCUCUCAAGGAAAAAAUGUAUAAGAAAACGAGGUCUGGCCAACCUGUCAUGAAAUAUAGAGUUGAGCAUAUGUUGGAAACAAUACAAGCUUCAACAAGUUGAAACUCCUUUUGCUUUAUAUGUUAAAUUUUACUAUCAAAAAUGCUUCUCUCUCUCUAAAUUUUUUAGCUUUACUGCUGAUAUAUUUCCCCAUAGUCACCUUGGAAGUGUUCUGUAAUGAAAUGCCAAUUCUUCAACUAUUUUUUAGUGUGUGAAA